GAGACGGGGGAUGGUGGUGGUGGUGGAGGGGGGAGUGGGGGAAAGAGGGUCGAGAAGCAAUUUCGCCGCCUUACUGCUGCUGUCGGUGACAGGGCCUGAAAAGUAUGAGAUGAAAUAAUUGAGUUGGAUGAACAUGAACUUCAGAAUAAAGACCAACCUGGACUACCAAAGAUAUAAAAAUAUAUAAGAUAGUGGUUUUGUGCAACUAUCAGAAGACCACAGAACUUUAAAAAUCUGACAUCUUUUGAGGAGAAAAAUUCUUUACUCUGCUUGGAAAAGGCUAGCCUGCAAUUGAUUCAGUGAUUUGGGCUUUUUAAGGGAAAUUACUGACUUGAUACAAUUACUUUCAGAGCUAAGUUUCCAUCUGCCAUCAGAUGUCUUUCUGCUUGACCGAGCUGCACCUGUGGUCCAUGAGGAAUACCUUACACGUCAAAGAUACAGACAUUGGCACCUAUCAGUACUACGAUAAAGGAGAGGCAGUGUCCCCAGCAGACUAUUGCUACCUAGAAGAGAAGCAACAUAUGACAGAAUCUCGUGAAUACUUAUGGACACCUAAGAAUAGACGUCCAGAUAAACUUCGAGACACCCUCAAGGAGUUUGAGGAGCUGCUGCAGUGUAGCCGCUGUAUACUUAGUAAAUGGAAGAACAAGAACUUUUGUCAGCUUUUUUUUGGUUCAGGUGUGUUGGUGUCAAUAAGCCUUUCUGGGCCACAUCUGGAGAAAGUCACAAUUGACAGGACCCUAGUGGGAAGGCUCAUCGCUGACACCAUCACUGAUGCUGUGCUUGCAGACAAUUUUCUCAUCUUGGCUUUUUUGGAGAACAGCAAACUCUGCUUUGUCCAAUUUACAAAGAAAUCCGGCUCCCCAGAUAUCAGCAGAAGAGUGGAAAAGCUUUCUUCUUCAGACCUUAAGAUAUCUUAUGUUGAUUUGCCUGGACUUAGCGGCCGAAGACUAGAACAUCGUUUGGCCAUAAACUGUAUGCAGGAUAUGGUGAUCUGCUGGUGGAAAACAGCUAAUGGAGAUGCUUGGCCGUGGUCUCCAAUCUCCAGCGAAAGUGACAGAGCCAAUCUUGUGUUGUUGAAUUGCAUGAAUAGCAGACUGGAGGUCUUAAGCUUUAUCCGCACAGAAAAUGAUCCACUGGAUGCGGGGUUCAGUAUUAAUCAACCCUAUCAGAUCCACACAGUUGAAUGCUCUAUUGGUCCAGAAAAAGAACCUAUGGCAGACAGCUGCAUUUAUGAGUGUGCAAGGAACAGAUUGCAAAGGGUGACAGUGACGAGCGUUCCAUUGAAGUCCAGAGCCACUUGCUGUAGCAGAAAUAAUGCAGAAGACAAAUUGGUCAUGGGUUGCGAAAAUUCUUCAGUGAUUUUAUAUGAUGCCCAUCGGAGGUUGACUCUACUGGCUCAAACAGAGUUAAUGCCAUCUUCAAUAGAGUGGCAUCCAGAAGGGGCAAUAAUUGUGGUGAGCAGCAGUCAAGGUGAAAUUCAGUGUUAUGACAUGGCCCUGUCGCCAGUGAAGAUACAGCUGUUGGCGGAGGACAUUACACCUACUAUCAAACUUCAGCUUAGCCAACACUUUGCUGUCACAAGCAGAUUGGCCCAGAUCCAAUGGACAGUUCCUCAGGUUAUUUCUCCUAGCAGUAACAGCCUUAAUGUGCACGAUCUCAUGUUUCUGAGAUUUGACAAAGGACCUGUUGGAGUACUUUGCUUUAAACUUGGUGCCAUAAUGAGAGGCCAGCUGGGUCCCACUGAACUCAUCCGACAGUAUAUUCGUCAUGAACAGAUUGAUGAGGCGAUCAAUAUCUUGUGUGGCAUGAAUUGGAAUACCUUGAGCUCACAGUGCUAUGCUUGCCUCAUUGCCAUUGUGGACCACCUUCUUAAGCAGAAGCUUACAUUGGAACGAGAAUCACAGCUGGAAUCAAGUCUUGGAACAUUUUAUGCUCCUACAAGACCUUUAUCAGAUAUAACUGUGUUGGAAUACAGGGAUCCGAUCAGCCGAUAUGCCAGACGUUUUUUCCACCAUCUGCUCAGGUACCAGAGAUUUGAGAAGGCAUUUCUGCUCGCAGUAGACAUAGGUGCCCGAGACCUGUUCAUGGACAUUUAUUACCUGGCUUUGGAUAAGGGCGAAAUGGCACUGGCUGAAGUGGCUAAGAAAAAAGCUAAUGAGAUUGACACAGAAUCAAUAACAACUGAAGUUGAAACUCUGAAGUCUUUAGAUGGAGUGGAAUCUUUGACAGGAUACAAUGGCAACCUGUCACUUGCAACGCUUGAACCUGAUAGACCCGGGGGCAAUCGCCCUUCCUCCAGGCCAGCCAGCGACACUGCUCAUUUAUUUCAGUCUGAUGGCCAGAACAACCCUUGUGACAGGCCUUCAUACCAUAGCAUGACAAGUGACAUGGAGAGCAAACUUGGGAUUGAUGCCUAUGCUGCAGCUUUGAGAGAUGACCCCUUGUCCUGGAUCCUGGAAGGUAAUCCUGAUGAUAGCGAAGGAGAAACACAGGAAAUUGGAAGCAGCAAUACUCUGAAAGUGGUGCACUUUGGUCUAGUAUGAGAUGGCAGUCUUAUUUUUGAUACAUAGAAUUAUUAAUCAAGUGUUAUAAAAUAAUUGAUUUUAUAAUGCAGAAGGCUGGCUAAAUGUGUUGCCUUGUAAUUGAUUCCUAUGUCAAACUAAUAAAGAGACAUAUUCUAGCUUUGUCCAAUUGAUCCCGUGAAAUAAAAAUGACACAGAAAAGAAUGCUACAGUUCCAAUGAAUUACUGUAAUGAAACCAAUGUUUUCUUUCCAUUAAGUCUGCUCUACAAACAACGAGAUGGGCAGGAGUUAGGUGUAAACUGUGUGAAUCAGGGACAGACAUAUUAUUGACAUUACAGCACAGAAGAAAAACGUAGAAUCUAUGCUGAUUACAGUUCCUCCACUGCAGAUAUAUCGUCUAAUCUUAAUUCCCUGUUCUUUCCCUGGUAACCUUUUUGUAUUAUUAUAUUGUUACUUUGCUAAGUGAGUCAAAAUAUACUGUAUUGUAAAUGGAACAGGGAGGUGGUCAUUGAGUAACAUUUUGUUAUUCCAUUACAGUUGGAUAACCACAAAAAAAAUCAUUCCCUUCAGGGUUUAUUUCCACAUUGUUAAAAAUAAUAUUUUAACUUCCCCAAUGGUUUAAGUUUAUACAGCCACUUCCUCGAGGGAAACUGAGCAAAGCAAACUCAGAAGGUCCUAUAUUCAAUCCACUAAUGCGUCUAAUUUAUCUCAGACAUAUCAUCAGGGUGCUAGAAUAGCCUUAGUCUUGGCCUGAGGGACACAAAAAUAAGAAGGGGUUUUCAUUCUUGUUAAUAGCCCAGUGCCCAGUGACACCAACUGGAAAGUGCUCAUGUGUGAACUUCAGAGGCUGAAAUUUCAGUCGUUAUAUGAUGCACCAAAUCCUAUUAAGAGCCGCCAUCGUCAAUUCUGCUGCAAGUAGCACUGGUCACCGGACCAGUGAGAACAAGAUUCGCCUCUAUAUAGGUACUCACGGUCUAAUAAUAAUUAAUGCUUGCAUUUGGUAUGGUGCCUUUCAU